AUGUUCACCAACAACCCAUAUGCUCAAGGUGGCUGGUAUAACCCAGAAAACCCUAUGUCAAUCAACACAAGAGUAUCAGCAUCAUACGUACCUUCAGUAUUCGGUUCUUUACCUGUCCUAGAGUCUGGAACAGGAGAACGUAGUCUCACCUUCCAACUCAUACCUAACAAACCCGACAUCCUAAAUAGCUCAAUAAUGGCGCCAACGGGGAACCCAUGUAUUCAAAUCACCAGCAACUACAAUUCCGCGCCUUGUACUUAUUUUCGCAAAUGCGACGGAACUGUACUUGCAUAUAUUGAAUGGUCCAAUAGGCCAAUGGUCUGCAUACCUGGUAUUCUCGAGAAGGUGUAUGUCAGUCGAUGGCUUGUGCUCUCUCCCGACAGAAGAUCACGGACGAUGGUAGCGAGGGAUCGCCCUUUAAUUUGGGUGCCUAAGGACAAUCAGAUAGCGCUAUUCGCCAUAGGUUCAACCUUUCAGGAGCCGCUGGCAACAGUGUCAAAGAAUAAAACGCUUGUAACCCUCAAGCUAACGACGGAGGCUGUUAAUGCUGGCCUACUAGAGGCAGGGAUAGUCGCCACAGUUUUGCUUCAGUCGGGAAGAAAUAUAGACUGA